UUUAGAUCUUAAAAUCGGAGGGUUUUGAACCUGUCGCGGAGUUCUGAGAUCUUACAUAUGAGAAACAUUGAGCUUUUUCCGGACUUUCGAGGGAUUUUUGGCUAUUUUUUCCUGACAAAUGGAGUGGGUUUUGGAUUUUCGGUGUCGGAAUUUCGAAUAUCUAGCUUCGAUCGGAGCCAUUUCUCAGGAAUUUGGCUGGUUUUGGAUCUUAUCCUGGUUUCGUUCCAGAUGUGGCGUUGCAAUCGCGGAUCUCGAAGGGAUCGGAGUAAGCAUGAAUCGCUGCGCGAUGCAACAGCCGCACGCCUUCGCCGCCUGCGAAGAGAAUAGGGCAACCUUCGCUGUCGCCGAGCGGAGACCGCCGGUCUUUUGCCCCAAACCCCGGCGGUUGAGCCCGUUAUCUGCUGUCGCUGAUCCUGUGAGACCUCUUUGGUGGCACUCGAGUUAUCAGAUAGACUUCUCCGAUUCGAAGGCUGGGGCAGAUCUCCUUGACAUAUUUCAAUUGACGGGCGGAGACCAGAAUCAAGUAGCUUCGUCGCCACCCUUCUUCUCCGGCUCUCCGCCGAGCCGGGCGUCGAACCCCGUCGUUCAUGACUCCCGUUUCUGCGGCGACCGCCCACCGGCACCCUUCGCCUCCUCACCUUUAAUCCAAUCUAACUCGCCAAUAUCCCCCAACUACGGCUUCACCAUCGCCAAGUUUGGCUUGGUCCCAGCGGCCAUCCGCGUCGAGGGCUUUGACUGCCUCGACCGUGGCCGCCGGAGGAGCUGCAGCAGCAUCACCGCCGUGGCCUAAGCCAAACUCCCGAUCUCCUUUUGGAGCUCUACUCUACCAAAUAACACCAACCAACCAAUCAAUCCCCCUAAAAUUAGCUUCUUAACAUAGCAUCAACACAGAAUCCUAAGAAAUUUUGAAGUCGCCAUGGAUGGAGCUCUGAGGUACUUCGCAUGGCCUUGAGCUUUUCCUCUGCAACAUCACAUUUUUUCUAGCACCAAUCUUUCUGUUUGUAAUUUAAGUUCUUAUGUGCAUACGAAGAGAAGAAGAUGAAGGAGAAGAAAAAACCAAAUCUAUCUUUUCUGAUUCAGUUUUAAGGAUUAUUGUUGUAAAAAAAUCUUAGCUUUGCUCCUGAGGAGUGUAAAUAUUCACCAUGUAUAAAUAUAUAUGCUUGAAGCAUAUAAUCUAUCUUUCUUUUGUGCUA